AUGGCAGGUGAUGAACUCAUCGUUCACGGAGGCCUAAAAUCAGAUGCCGACCACAACCUCAUCUACCAACAUGAUAGCUUCCUGAUUCCUUUAAACAAAGACUGGAACAAUCGAACCCUUGACGCCCCUUCGAUAGUAUCUGAAGCUCCAGGGCUGUUAUGCCAGGCAUUAGUUGUGGACGAAGAGCAGACAGUCUACGCUCUUGGCGGAAAGCUUUCCGCUGAUGGUCGCGUCAAAGACACUCAGGCCAACUCAUUCUAUGAAGAUCGUUUGCCAGAGAUCUGGGCACUUCCCCAGUCAAACUCCAAGUCGUCUAGAUCCUGGUUGAAAUUACUUGGAAAGAACGCGGCAAAGCCGAUGCCUCCAAAUUUCCAACAGAUCGCCUGUGGUGCAUAUUCAUACGACGGCCAAAGGGCUUACUACAUGGGAGGACUCAUAUCGCACUGGACAACGUUCGGAAUCAGCAACUUCACCCAAGAUUUCGGCGUCGCAGGAUUGGUCAGUUUCGAAUUUGACUCGAAAGAGCUCACCAAUUCGACGAAUGAUGGACAGUUCUUUGCAUCCCGCUUCACUGGUCUUAACGAGAAGCCUUUCAAGCCAGGACCUAUGUUCAACAUUCCAUUCGGACCAGAUGGCACGUUAGUCUCCUUCGGAGGAUUAGCGUAUCCAAAAGCUACGGAGGUCGAAUAUGGAGCCGGCUGGAGUAACCUAUGGAUCUUUGAUAAGCGCAAAAACACAUCAUAUAAUCAACCUCUUAAAGGGGAUAUUCCUCCUGGCUUGGGAGCGGAUCCUGGAACAUUUGCAUUCUUCAUGGCUAUUGACGAGGCAAAUGAAACCGUUGAGAUAUUCGCCUAUGGCCACUUCAACCAGUCAUCCGAGAGUGAUACGAUCUACAUUCUGUCUCUUCCGGCUUUCAGAUGGACCAAGACAUCCUUCACAAACUACCCGCGCCGGGUCGGGAUGCAGUGCCAGUCUGCUGGAAACAACCAAGCCAUCUGUACCGGCGGGGCUAACCCUGAGUCAGUUCCACUGUGGAACUCAACGGACGAGUGGUCGCAGGGUCUUGGGGUCCUUGACACGACCAACCUUGUACUGAAGGAUAGCUAUGACGCAUCCGCUUCACCUUACGCUGCACCAGAACUUGUCAGAAGGAUAUACGAGAACAAGUCAAGAUCUAUUGCCGACGACGUGGGCCUCGCCGGAGGUCAAAGAAACUUUUGA